AUGACAAAAAAAGACAAUAAACGAAAGCUUGAAGAAGUUGAGGUUGAUGAGGAUCUGAUAAAAGAGGCUAAAAGACAACCAAUUGAUUGUGAAGCAGUAGGUAUUGGCCCUGAUGGAACAGAAUCAGCACUUGCCAGAGUCACAAUUGUUAAUUUCCAUGGAGUGGUAGUAUUGGAUAAAUAUGUAAAACCUUUGGAUUAUGUGACAAAUUUCAGAACAGAAAUCAGUGGAAUAACUAGAAAAAUGCUCAUAAAUGCUAAUAAAUUUAAAGAUGUACAAAAAGAAGUCUCGGAUAUAAUCAAAGAUAGAAUUAUUAUUGGACAUGCCAUUCACAAUGAUCUAAAGUUAUUGCUAUUAGAUCACCCAAGCAGCAUGAUACGAGACACUUCCAAAUAUAAACCAUUUCGUAAACAUUCUAAUGGAUCGAGUAUGCUUGAAAAUCAAUUCACUACAAAACGUAUUAGAUUAGAUUCAAAAGAGAAAAAAGAGCAACAGAAUGGUUCAAGUUCCAAAUUUCCAAUUCCUUACGAAACAAAUGAUGAUUCAGUAGAAACUGAUGAAAAAUUAAUACCAAUUAAUUAUAAUUCUGCUAAACAUGGAAAGGAUUUCGUUUUUCCUUCACACUCUGACUUCCUAGAUAACCCUGGUUAUUCUCGACAAUACAUAAAUAACAGUAAUACAAAGACACCGAUUAAAAAAUUGGUUAUUAAACCACUUAAAGUAAAACCAUCAUUACCUUCAGAUUUUGAGGAAAAAACAUGGGCAAAACUUGCAAGUGCGAUUCAAGCAAUUUAUAGUUCUAAAUCAGUGAAUGAUAGUCUUGAAGAGCUUUAUAAAGCAUGUGAAAAUCUUUGUUUACACAAAUUAUCUAAAUCUCUUUAUCAAAAAUUGCACAGCGAACUUGAAAAACAUAUUUUGUUAGAGGGUGAACAAAUUCAAAAGGAUUUAGGCUUGGAAUUAUUUAGAAAACAUAUUAUGAUAGCAUCUAACAUACGUGCUAAAACUCUGAGUGGAAUAUUGUCAUUGAUCAAACAAGAAAGGAUGUUCAUUGAUCUCAACAUUUACUAUCAUGGAUUUGAAAUUCCAUUUUUGGAAGAAACGCGCAGCUAUUUUAUGAUUGAGGGUCAACGUCUGGUCAGUGAAUUGUCUGUACCACAAUACUUGAGUCAUGUCUCAAAUCGAUUAUCAAUUGAGAGUGCAAGAGCUGCCGAAUAUUUAGAUAAGAAAACAAUGGAUCCCCUAUUAAAAGCUAUUGAUGAAGAACUAAUAAUGAAACAUGUUGAUACUAUAUUAGAUAAAGGAUUCAUUAAUAUGGUUGAUAAUAACGAUAUUUGUUUUCAUAUCGAUGAAUUGAAAUCUUUGUAUAAUCUUUUUUUAAGAGUCAAUGCUCUAGAUCAAAUACGGUCACAUUUUGGUUCUUACAUCAAGAAAACUGGUACACAAAUAGUUACUGAUACUAAUAAUGAAUCAGACAUGGUUUCAGAAUUGUUAACAUUAAAAUCAAGGAUGGACUCGAUUGUUAACGGUCCAUUCCAAACUAAAUAUGUGGAUCAGAAAUUACGUCAAGGAAAUAAGAGUAUGAAUGAUACCGAAAUGGAACAUAUGUUGAAUGAAGUGUUAGUUUUAUUUCGAUAUAUACAAGGUAAAGAUAUAUUCGAAGCCUUUUAUAAACGUGAUCUUGCCAAAAGACUUUUGCUAAACAAAAGUGCAUCGUUUGAUUAUGAAAAAAGCAUGCUGACUAAACUAAGAAAAGAAUGUGGACCUGGGUUUACUGGUAAACUUGAAGGAAUGUUUAAGGACAUAGAUUUAUCUCGCGAUUUCAUGCGCUCUUUUCAAGAUUCAAAAGCAUCCGAAGAAAUGAAAAGAUAUAAAAUUGAUUUUUCUGUUAAUAUCCUAACACAAGGGUUUUGGCCUACUUAUGCGCCUAAUCCAUGUAAUUUACCACCAUAUGUAGGUUUUCGCUUACUCUAA